AUCUUUUAGUACGCAUGCAUAUUAAUUUCUGCGUCCUUUUUUCUUUGAAAAUUUCAAAACUAAGAAUGUAUUUGCUCUAAAGUGAUCCAAUGAUUCACGUUUUGACUCUCGGGCCUCAGAACUUGGUGACAUUAAUGUUGUAAUUGCUUUCCCCCCUAAAUUCCCCAUGCUUAAAAAGUAAAGCUUGGUUUCUUUUCAGGACCAGUUAAUUUUUGUCCUUAAAUGAUUAAUUCAAUAAAUAGUCUGAUCUUUCUGUACAUGGCGGAAAAUGCAAGGAUUUAACAGCAUUAUGCCUAAAAGCUUUGAUGAAUGGGUGAUAUCCAGGGUGUUUCGGAAGAGUGGCUCCGGCGGUGGUGCCACCGCCAGUGGUGGUGGUGCCAAGAAGACUAGGAUGAGCUCAGCCAUCAGCCUAUACCCAGAGACAAUCUCUCCUUCCUCUGUCUGUCUUCCUCCUCUCCUGGACCCUACAGCCACCAUCACCACCACCACCACCACUGUGGCUACCACCAAUUCAAUCACGGACUGCGAUAGCUACUCCUACGACAGUCACGCCCCUGCCGAGCACGUGUCCUGUUUCUCCAGCAUUGCUGCACCAGCUGCUUCUGCCGCUGCUACCAGCAAUGUCACUGCUACUACUGGCCGCUUCAACCCCAGUUUCGAUAUCCCAACGCAGUCGCCUCUGCCGCAGACAGCCACGACCUCCACCUUCGAUCCGAUUGCACGUUUCUCAAGAAACGUGGGUAUGUCAGCAUUUCCAAGCCUGAGGUCUCUUGAGGAGAAUUUGCAACUCCCUUUUUUCUUCUCCCCUCCUCCAGCAGUUCACGAUCCCCCUCUCCACGGUGGCUCAACCGUGACCUGGGGUUCCAUCCCGGAGGAAGGUGGCGUCUCUGCUCAUGGCGGCGAGAUGGCUACCGAUGCCACUGAGCUAGACUGCAUGUGGACUUUCUGAACGCAGAAACUUGAGGGUUUUCAUUAGCGUUUCUGAUCUCUUAUCAAAUGACAGUUCUAAGUAUUUUUUAUAUUAGGGUAUUGUUAUCUGUGUCUCUUUUUCUGGGUGCCUUGAAAAUGACUGUUUUAAUUUAGUUAAGUUUUAUCUGUAAUCGUAAUCCUUAAAUUCAUAUGAAAAUAAAUAUUGGUCUCAAAG